UUGAUUUACCGAUCAUUACACUGCCAAGCGCCGAGGGAAUUAUUUGACAAAUGUGACCUUUUCAAGUGCACAUCGGGCCCAACUCGCCAGCCUUUCGGUUCGGUGUGCGAAAAGCGAGCGAGAACGAGACCUCCUGUUUUGUCCGCACUCUCUCUGAACAGGCCAGCACGCGGGCUUUGCCGCUCCGAUUGUUGUGUGGAGUGUUCAACUUUCGUCUUUUUCUCUUCGUCCGCUUUUCCCCCAAAACAAGACGAAGAUGGCGGACUCUCAAGAGGACAAGCUCUACAAGGCCGAGUACGCCAAGAGCGGCCGCGCGUCGUGUAAGAAGUGCAAGGAAAACAUCGCCAAAGACUCGCUCCGAAUGGCCAUCAUGGUGCAGUCACCAAUGUUUGAUGGCAAGGUUCCACACUGGCAUCACUUCUCCUGCUUCUGGCUGCGAGCGGCGGCCCAGUCCCCUUCCGACAUCGACGGCUUCUCCGCCCUUCGCUGGGAAGACCAGGAGAAAGUCAAGAAGGCCAUCGAAAGCGGCGGAACUGCAGGAGGAGGAAAAGGGGCUAAGAAAGGCGGCGGCGGCGCGCAAGCAGAGAAGACGCUCAACGGCUUUGCCGUGGAAUACGCCAAAUCCAACCGCAGCACAUGCAAAGGCUGCGAGUUGAAAAUAGAAAAGGAUCAGAUCCGCGUGUCGAAGAAGACGGUGGAUCCGGAGAAGCCCCAGCUGGGCCUGAUCGACCGCUGGUACCACACGGCCUGCUUCGUGGGCCGCAGGGAGGAGCUGGACUUCAAGCCCGAGUACAGCGGCGCCCAGCUCAAGGGCUUCAACGCGCUCAAGGCCGAAGACAAGGAGGAGCUCAAGAAGAGGCUCCCGGCCGUCAAAGCGGAAGGAAAGCGCAAAAACGACGAGUUGGACGGAGUGUCAAAGAAGCAGAAGAAGGAGGAGGAUGCGGAAAAGAAAAGAUUGGACGCUCAGUUGAAGGACCAAAGCCAGCUGAUCUGGAGCAUUAAAGACAAACUGAGGAAGCAUUGCUCCAUCAACGACAUGAAGGAGCUGCUCAUUGCUAACGGCCAGGAGGUGCCUUCGGGAGAGUCCAACGUUGUGGACAGCUUGGCCGACGGCAUGGCCUUCGGCGCGCUGGAGCCCUGCAAGGAGUGCUCGGGCCAGUUGGUCUUCAAGGGCGAUGCCUAUUACUGCUCCGGGGACAUCUCGGCCUGGACAAAGUGCGUGUACAGAACCCCCAAACCCCAACGCAAAGACUGGCUCACCCCCAAGGAGUUCCACGAGGUUCCUUUCCUCAAGAAGUUCAAGUUUGAGCGUCAGGACAGAGUUUACCCCAAGGAGGCGGCGGCACCCGCUCCGAGCCAAGCCGCGCUCAAAGCCGAGCCUCUGGCUGGCGUCUCCGGCGUCCCCGCUGUGCCGCUGCCGGAGGGCGGCCCUCCCGGUGAGAUGCGAGACCAAACGUCCGGUCAGGGAGCAUGGGCGGCCCUAACGCUGCGUUGCGUCUCUGCCGCCGCCGCCGCCGCCGCAGACAAACCUCUCAGCGGCAUGAAGCUGCUGACUGUCGGCAAACUGUCCAAGAAUAAAGAUGAGGUCAAGGCCGCCGUGGAGGAGCUGGGGGGGAAGAUCGGCACGGUGGCCAACAAGGCUUCUCUCUGCAUCAGCACCAAGAAGGAGGUGGAGAAGAUGGGCAAGAAAAUGGAGGAGGCCAAGGAGGCGGGCGUGCGCGUGGUCUCCGAGGAGUUCCUCACCGACGUCAAGUCGUCGGGCAAAGCGCUCGGGGAGCUGGUCUCCCUGCACGCCAUCUCCCCGUGGGGGGCCGAGGUCAAGGUGGAGGCGCCCGCCGCCGCCGCCGCACCCUCCAAGUCGGGGGCCGCUGCUGCUUCUUCCAAGAGCGCCGGCAGAGUCAAAGAGGAAGAAGGUAAGAGCAAAGCCAAGAAGAUGAAAUUGACAGUCAAAGGAGGCGCUGCCGUCGAUCCGGACUCAGGUCUGGAGAACAGUGCUCACGUUUUGGAGCAGAACGGCAAAAUGUACAGCGCCACACUGGGCCUGGUGGACAUCAUGCGGGGAACCAACUCCUACUACAAACUGCAGCUGCUGGAGGACGACGUACAGAAAAGGUACUGGGUGUUCCGCUCCUGGGGCCGGGUGGGCACCACCAUCGGGGGUAACAAGCUGGACAAAGUCGGCGACAAGAACUCGGCGCUCAACAAUUUCCUGUCGGUGUACAAAGAAAAGACGGGCAACGAAUGGGGCGCCUCCAACUUCACCAAGUACCCCAACAAGUUCUACCCGCUGGAGAUCGACUACGGACAGGACGAAGAAGCCGUGAAGAGGCUGACGGCCACGGCGGGAACCGAGUCCAAGCUGGCCAAACCUAUCCAGGAUCUGAUCAAGCAGAUCUUUGAUGUGGAAAGCAUGAAGAAGGCCAUGGUGGAGUUUGAGAUUGACCUCCAGAAGAUGCCGCUGGGAAAACUGAGCAAGAGACAAAUUCAGAGCGCUUACGCUCUCCUCACUGAAGUGCAGCAGGCGGUGUCGGACAACGCGGCCGAGUCGCACGUUUUGGAUUUGUCCAAUCGCUUCUACACGCUGAUCCCGCACGACUUUGGCAUGAAGAAACCGCCGCUGCUCAGUAACCUGGACUACAUUCAGGCCAAAGUUCAGAUGCUGGACAACCUGUUGGACAUCGAAGUGGCUUACAGUCUGCUGAGAGGAGGAGCGCAGGACAACCAGAGCGACCCCAUCGAUAUCAACUACGAGAAGCUCAAGACCGACAUUGAGGUUGUGGACAAGGGCACGCCGGAGGCUGACAUCAUUCGGCAAUACGUCAAGAACACGCACGCAGCCACGCACAACACGUACACGCUGGAAGUACAAGAGAUUUUCAAAAUCAAGCGCGAGGGAGAGCGCCAGCGCUUCCAACCCUUUGAGGAGCUUCACAAUCGCCAGCUCCUGUGGCACGGCUCGCGCGCCACCAACUACGCUGGCAUCCUGUCGCAGGGUCUUCGUAUCGCCCCCCCGGAAGCCCCGGUGACGGGUUACAUGUUCGGCAAAGGCGUCUAUUUUGCCGACAUGGUGUCCAAGAGCGCCAACUACUGUCACACCUCGCAGUCGGACCCCGUCGGCCUUCUGCUGCUCGCCGAGGUCGCCCUCGGCAACAUGCAUGAACUGAAAAAGGCCUCCCACAUCACUAAACUACCAAAAGGCAAACACAGCGUUAAAGGUUUGGGCCGAACCGCUCCCGAGUCGACCGCCACCGCCACUUUAGACGGCGUGGAAGUACCUCUGGGGAAAGGGGUCAACACCCACAUCGACGACACCAGUCUCCUCUACAACGAAUACAUUGUGUACGACGUAGCCCAAAUCAACCUCAAGUAUCUCCUGAAGAUUAAGUUCAACUACCAAACAUCCUUGUGGUGAGCCUGAGCGAAACAGCAUCCGGCGCCCUCGCUUUGAUUCCCGUCACUUAACGCUAGGUCGACCUGCUAACGGGUCUCGCUUUGUAUCCGGACGGGUAGGUACUUUGAAUGACACGUUUCCAGUUCAACGGGGGUGGUCGGUUUUUUGGUUUCUUGUUGGAAAGGUGACAAUUAGGAGAUUAGGUUUAGGGAAGUCAUGGGAACCGGUGACAGCGUUUGACAAUUUGAAUGAGAAAUGGUUCACCUCCCUCCCCUGGUUUUUCGAGGGAUUUGUGACCGCGCUCACCAGGCUCGGUCUGAGUUUGAAAUACUGUAGUGAAGUCCCUUUCACACGUGUAUAUUUCCAUUGUUUUUGUCUCUUCCUGCAUAUUGUCUAGCAAAAUAAAUGAAAGUCUCUUCCUAAA